AAACGAAAAAUAGUAUAAGAUUCAUUACCGAGGUUUGCCAGUAAGAGAGAGGAGAAGGGAAAAAUAGAAAAGGCAGUACGGAAAGAAUGGGCUGGGGUCGGAAGGAAGACGAAGGAACGAGUUCAAACCUAGGGUUGAAGGGAAUAUCUUCUGCUGAUGUCGAUAGUACAAACCCUAGUAGAAAUUCAAUUGAAGAUAGAUGUUCAACUAGAAGGAUUGUAAAAACUCAAUGUAAAACCGAAGAAGCUGAACCUGGUGUAUUCAUUAGAAAAUGUGAGAAAACUGAACAAAUUCUCAAGGAUUGCGUUGGAAGGCCCACAGAAGUGGUAAGUUCAACAACAGAGUACACCGAGGACGAUGUAACCAAUCACAUGGGUCAAGGGUCAGUCACCUUUGGUUCCUCUUCAGCGGGUGAGCCAUUCAACUUCCCUGGGCUCCGUAGUGACAUUGAAGCUCUUGAAAAAGGCAUCUUUGGUGGUAUCAAUGGUUUUCUUGAGGCAGCUGAAGAAAUGAAGAAUGGGUUCUUUCAGGUCUUUGGAACUCCAUUCGACAUCAUUAAAGAAGAGGAUGAUUCCUCGUCGUCCGCAUCAAUUUUUAAGCACAGGAUUCCUAUUGAAGGCCAAUUUGAAAAUGGAACUUCUCAGGAGCAAAAGAAGGAUGAUUCGGUGUACUCUGAUUUUGCUGGACAGGUUCGAGAUGUUUGAACAUGUAAUAACUUUAACCAAUAUUAAUCUUCCCUGUACAAGUUUAUAGAAUACAAGUGUAGAACAAACAUGUCCUAGUAAUCUGUUGCAGGGAGUAACCUAUCCUGGUAGACAGUUGUUCUUUUCAUUUCAGAGUAUGUUUUGGUUCUACUCAGAAGCACAAUCAAGACUGUAAAAAUAUCAGCAUUUGUUUGUUUCAUAUUUUGCCUCAA